AGCAGUGACUGGGACGCGCCUCUCUCUCCCUCCCUCCCCCACGGGAGGAGCCUCCCUCCGCAGCCUGUGCUCUUCCGGAGCCUCUGAACCGUUACAGCCGUCAUGGCCGCCAGGAAGAGAUGCCUGCCCUCCGCUAACGGAGCGCAGGACGCCCCGCUGCCCGCCCGCAAGCAGCAGAUCCGGGGCAGCGGAGAGAGACACGUCGCCGCGUUGAUCCUGGCGAGAGGCGGAAGCAAAGGGAUCCACCUGAAGAACAUCAAGACGCUGGCCGGGGUCCCCCUCAUCAGCUGGGCCCUGAGAGCCGCCGCAGACUCCGACAUGUUCCACAGUGUGUGGGUAUCGACGGACCAUGACGAGAUUGAGAAAGUGGCAAAAUCCUGGGGUGCGAAGGUUCAUCGCAGGAGUCCUGAAGUUUCCAGAGACUCUUCGACUUCACUGGAAACCAUUCAAGAGUUUGUGAGGCUCAACCCAGAGGUGGACGUGAUAUGCAACAUUCAGGCCACGUCCCCGUGUCUUCAUCCGUUUCAUGUGAAGGAGGCCGUGGAGAUGAUCACGCUGCAGGGCUACGACUCUGUCUUCUCCGUGGUCAGGAGACACCAGUUCCGCUGGCAGGAGGUCAAGAAAGGAUCUGGUGAGUUGACAAAGCCGCUCAACCUGGACCCAACCAACCGGCCACGACGUCAGGACUGGAACGGAGAGCUGUGUGAGAAUGGGUCCUUGUAUUUCACCACGAGAGACAUUUUGAAGGAGGGACUUCUCCAGGGUGGUAAGGUCGGUUAUUAUGAGAUGCUACCAGAGUACAGCGUGGACAUAGACGUGGACAUCGACUGGCCUGUGGCAGAACAGCGAGUUCUCAGGUAUGGUUACUUUGGGCGGGUCACGCCGGAGGUGGUUCGGCUGAUGUUCUGCAACGUUUCCGGAUGUUUAACAGAAGGACGGAUCUUUCUGUCUGUCUCCGGAGAGGAGAUGGUUUCUAUUAAUACCAGAGACACUGUGGGCGUCCGGAUGCUGCAGAAGGAGGAAGUGGAGGUGGUGCUGUUGAUGUCCACCGAGGACCCCGUGACCCAGAAGUUGGUCGACCAAUUGUCCGAGAGGACAGGCUGCAAAGUCAUCCUGGUGGGGGAGGAGCCGCUGAAUGAUUUGAAAGCGAUCGUGGAGCAGAGGAAGCUGGAGUGGAAGGACGUGGCGUACAUGGGCAACGACAAAGCAGAUGUCAACUGUCUGAACCUGGCGGGUUUGAGUGCAGUACCUGAAAAUGCCCCAACGGUGGCCAUCAAUGCCGCAAAGUACACCUGCCACGCGUUGGGGGGGAUGGGAGCCGUCCGGGAGUUUGCCGAACACAUUCUCCUUCAGAGAGAAAAAGCAAAGUCUCAGAUGAAGCAGGAUCGAAUCGACUGCGGCAACAAAUGAGAAAUUUAAAAUCACUUCAUAUUGAAAGGUUUUAGAGUCAGUGCAGCUGAUGCACAUAAAAGUAAUGAAACAGUUUGUAUAUGCAUGAUAAGUAUUAAGAUGUUUUACAGAAAGGAUCUAAUUUUAGGUGAGAGAAUUCAUAAAAACAUUCAAGUCAAGUCUCAGUAGAAGCUGUCCUGCUCUUCAGUGCUUCACGGUCCAAAGGAAUUAUCAGAAAAAUAAGGAAUUUAAGUAAAACUGUGAAUAUUGCACCCGGAGCCUGAGAUUCCGAACUCGGAUGUGAACACCACAAAACCAAAAUCUAAAACACUCGACUGAAAACACAACAACACUUAGCAUCAAUGAAGUUUAGGUUUGUUAGUUGUGAACAAGUGUAAAACAGAAAGUAAGACUUUUUUAAAAUGUGGAUUUACCCGAAACUCAAAUUCCUUCCUCAGUAUCUUAUUAGAGAUACAGCCUUUAAGUAUUUUAAAAUACGUUGGUACUCUAAAUAUGAGGGGAAGCAUUUCAAGAACUAAAAUCCUUCGUCCCGUUUAAAAAUGUGUAUUUAUAAGUCCGGGGGAGCUGAGGGCUGUUAGCCAAUAGGCUACUAGGAUUAGCUCAGCGUGAAUCUUGGGGCUUAGUUUGUUUUUACAUAAGGAAUAGGAGUUUUUAAAAAAAUUCAAAAUAAGAAAUAGAAAUAGGAUAUUGUUUAUUUGCGGCUGAAUCGUCCGGGAGUAUUUUCCAAUGCUUUAAGGUGGACGCAGAAUCUCAGUGUGUGCUUGUUUCUCCAACAACGACGCUAACGAGGCUCCGUCGACUUCACAUGUAACACCUUUGGUUUUGUGACCAGGCUCUAAGCUAACUGGAGCUAGCCAGCAUUUUGCACUUUUAUCCAGUCAGAGAAAUAAUAUGUUUUUUUAAUUUAUAAGGAAAUGUAAGUACCUGUAUGUGUUAAUGAUACUUUUCAAUAAGAUUUAAUCUGCUCACAAGCUGCUCUGAUGAUUGUUAUUUCGCUCUUUUUUCAUUUAAUGACCUUUUUGGUCAUUUUUCCUUUUUGUGCAUAAUUUUCAGUGAGGUUGAAAAAUGAAAAAGGAUUCAAAGUCUCUGUCGUGUGUUUUUAAUUCAGAACAGAACCUCGGGCGUAGUUUGACGUUUUGGUUCUUGGUGCCUUGUGGCUUUCUCGCCUGGAGCCGAGAGACAGCGUCUCUUUGUUUAAUCUGUUUAAUCAGAGAUGUUUAAAACGACAAGUUGUUGUGUUGCAGGGCGUUAUCUGCUCGAGCUGAAUCCUGGUGUGACCAUUGUGACAUCAGGAACUCAGCGGCCCUGCCAAGAAACCGCUCUGGGCGUUGUCUUUACAUCAGUGUUUGUAUGAAGCUUAAACAAAUAUAAUAAAACCCAGUGAAGCUUUCGAGAUGUCAGUCGAUGCAUUUAAUUCAUUUGAAACGUCUCUUGGCUGAAGCUUCAUAUUUGGUAACUUAGUGAACUUUUUAGCUAUUCCUGUCGUCUUCGGAGUCUCAGAGGACCCGAUAGUGAAAUCAAC